UCUUCGACUCGUAUUUUCACUAAAAAAAAAAUAUUUAAAAAAAUGACGGAUAAAUCUAUUGAAGAGUGGAAAACUCAAUUGGUUGGCAAGAAAUUCGUACUUGAUAAUGUGUCAGUUGCAUCUGAAGAACAAGAUAAGGUUGUUCGUAAAACCGAUUUACCUGCUGGACAUAGAGUUAUUCCUCCAAGUGCCCUUGUAACCAUGGAUUUUAAACCAGAAAGGUUGAAUGUUUAUAUCGACACUUCAAGUACGAUUACUAAUGUGAAAUUUGGCUAAUAUAUAUUAUUUAUGGGGACAGAUUUUAAAAUUAAAAAAAUUACUUAUGUCCUUCAAUAGUAAUAUUAAUAUUAAUGAAUAUUUCAAAUAUGAAAUAAAUCAAUAAAUGUUUAUUUAUUUUUUAAAUUCAUAAAUUAUAUGAUAGUAUGGA